UAUGAUUGUGGGUGCAUGUAAGCGUUUGAUCCUGUUUGAAUCCAAGAAAAGCCCAAACAACUGCUAACUUCUGCACCAGUAAUUGUUUACUGUAAUUAAAAUUUACAGUAGUUAUAUGCUUUAUAAUCAAGCACCACUACCCCCAUUAGCAAAGUUCAAAUAAAUUUAUAGAAGUACACAAAAUUACGAUUGUCAUGUGUUGGACUUUGCUUAAUCUGUUGAGUAGAUAUGCUUCUGAGUUUCUUUUUUCUUUUGGGUGGUCUGCCAGUUUCUAUUCUGUGUUCUCUUUACUUCCUGUUAGCUUCCUGUUUCUGAGUUUUUCCUGUCUUCUUCGGUUUUGAACUGUGUUCUGCAGGUUUGUCUGCUCAAUUAUGCACGGCUCAGUCAGCUUCCCUCCAUGUUCCUGCUUUGUUUUGGGUUGUUUUUUUUAAAGUUUCAUGUACUUCAUUUCAUCCAUUUGCAAGUUUCUGUUUGACAUGAAAUAUUUUGUCUCCACCUCUGCCUCUCUCUUGCCUGCAUUUGUGAUUAUUUUGUUAAUUUCUGGCAGGCAAUGUGGGGCAUACCACAUUGGUUUGCAUUGUCCAGCCAAUUAGGUAUUGCUAACACAAACCUGCUAAGUUCUAGAAGGGUUCAUGAUGUCUUUUGGUAAUUAGGUGCAGAACACAAAAAAAAUAAUGAUGAAGCAUUUCUUUAGUGCUUUACUUAUUAAGUACUUUUGUUUUUACUUACUUUUGUAAAUUUUAAAGACCAACUAUUUAUCUAAUAACACAAAAGCUUUAUUCUCCAUCAGUACCAGUUACCUUGCUGCCAGCAACUAGCCAGUCAGUCUUUUACGUUUUUUAUUAAUAAAAUUAGGAUGAAUUACAAGUUUUAAUGAUUUACAUUUCUGUUUAUUUUAACAGUUUGUUUUUUCACAACAACUCUUUUUUAUACGUCAACCCUUUCUCAGAUUAUUCCAGGACUCAUGCUCAGUUCACUUAACAGAGAUAAAGUGAACUAGAAUAAAAAUGUUAUAUAAGAAAGCAUUUUCUAACAUAUUAAAGCAGAUUUGUUAGUUUUUUUGUUAUAUGUGAAAACCUGAACUUUCAAAAUAUUUGUUUGUUCAAAAAUUCCUAAAGAAAAUCGGGAUUUAUUUUAAAUAAGACCUAAAUAUCAUUUUUGGACACACCAGCAUCCAUAAAUAAAACUCCAGACUCUUUGGUUUUGGUUUACCACUGCUGAAUUAUUUGCCCUCAUCUCCAGAACUUUCUGGGAGCGGCCCUGCCCCCUUAUAAAGUCGUUUAUUUCAACGUCCACACCGGCCACAGAAAAUGAAAAACCAGCAAACAAUCUAAUUUUAAAAACAUUUCAACUGAGUCAAAAGCACCGCUUCAGAUUGAAUGUUCAUUCACGAACCCAUCUGUGCAGGACAGAAACGGCGCUGAUGAAAUAACCUUCCUCUGCUCCUGGAAAAUGAUCGCCUUCCUCAGGAGGCAGCAGCAGCGGCAGGACCUUAAAGUAAUAAAUUUGCAGUGCAAUAAGUGACCCUCCUCCUGUGAUCGUCUGCGGCGGCCACAGAUAGGAUGCUGCAUCACAUCUCCCAUUCAUCCCGUCAUCAUGCUGCCUGGCACGGCUCAGUCUGGCUGGGAUGCUGCUGCAAAGCGGGCAGCUUCAUGAACGCUCCUCAGUUUGUAACAAAGAGCUGGGAAGCGGCGUCCGUCGGUCAGCCGGCGGUGACUCAUUCCGCACGGUCAGUCGGUCGACUUCGGGCUCCGAUUUGGCGCUGCUCGGCCGCGGAAGAUCAAUACCUCUGAGAUUGGAGGAAGGCGUGGCUUGGUGUCACCGACACUGGGGUGAAUUUUCCAUAUUCAUUCCCGGGAUUUUGCUUCAUCUCACGAACAGCGGCGCGCAAACGGCAGCCGAUCGCACGGGACAUCAAGGGAGCUGCAUUUGUCUGUCUGCCCACAUUUUUGGAGUAUAACAAUAUCUGAAGAUCCAAACUGUGAAUUCGGGAUGGGAACUAAUCCUAAAAGGACAGUGACAGUCCAGAUGGUACCUCAGCUGGCUGUGGCGGACCCACUGGCCAACAAGGAGUCUAACGCCAACUGGGGUGACGAGUCGCACCUCAAACUCUCUCAGGUUUGUCCAAACACCGCCCUCACAUCUUCCAACCAGCAGGAUAACCCGCCUAUCUCAGGUGCCGCUGCCAACCCUGUCCCACACAUCCAUAAAUCCUCAUGUAAGGGCGGUGAAGCAGUUAGCAGUGUGGUGGCAGACAUGCCUGCAGGCGGCAAUGGGAAGCGGACACAAUCUGAACCUGGGACAGCUGGUGAGCAGCACUCCGCUAACCUGUCGCUAACAGGUCAAGCUGGUAGCGAGACAAAAACUGACCACAGAGACUCGAAUGCUAACAUAAAAACGUCUCAUGGAAAGGAUACAUGCGCCGCUGGUUUACUGACUGCAACUGCAGCAUCAAAGAUCGACGCACGCAUUGCAAAAGAGACGAGUCCUUCAGAGGCAGCGCCUGUCCAGAUGGCAUCUUCAACCAAACCCACAGCACAAGAGACCAGCGAUAAAAAUACAAAUAAAAAUAUCUGCAGCACCAGUCAGUCACAAAAAGCAGCGCCUUCAUCUCAACAGGAUGUCAAGGCUCCACAAAACAAAUCUACCGCAUCAUUACAGAAAAUCCAAGAACCAGAUAACUCACAAAAACCUGAACACAGGAUGGAAACUGUUACCUCUACUAAACCUCCACCAGCAGGUAAAGGAGCAGAAAUCCACACUACGGUUACAAAUAUAUGUUCAUCACAUUCAGAGAGGGAUUUCCCAGUAGUAAAGGCAACACAGGUCUCCUCCAAUAAACAUCACCCUGAAUCUUCACAGAAGGAUUCAUCUGGUGUGCCCCAGGCUGCAAAAAGCAAGCCAACGUGUGGGCAGGUGUCUGAGGAAAUGAGCCAAACUGACACAGCUGUCUGCACAGGAGAGCAGCUCAGCAUGCAGUACAAGGAGGCCUCCACUAUGACCUCAUUUGCUUCGCCCGCCAAGCAGUGUCAUGAUAUGGAGGUCCAGGCUGUAGCAGAAACUACCAGUAAAGCUGUGGGUACAAGUCCAAGUCUGCUGCCCUUCGCUGGCAGUGGAGUCCCCAGGGAAGAGGCGCAGAGUCUAGCUGUUGUUUUUCCAGUUAAUGAAGCUGUGGGUUCCUAUCAGAUCUACACAACUUCCCUCUCCACCUCAGAGAAACUCACCGUAGAGGCAGAGAUGUGCCCCAAUCAAGCUGCAGAUUUGUGCUCAACAACCAUGGCCCAGCAGCUUGACUCCAGGUUAGGAGCCAAGCCCAAGGAACCUGGAUCAGCUCUGAGCAGCAUUCAGCCAGUUUAUCAAAUCAACAUUGAGCACAGCAACAAGAAGGACACAGUGGCAAGUGGAGUUGAACUAUCCUCCACCGCUAAAGCUCCCUCCCCAGAGACGGCCGGCGCUUCUGCUGACAGAAACAAUUCUGCGUUUUCUCAAGGUCCACCAGCAACCAUAACAACAGCUAACACAGCAUCAAAGUUGAGAACAAAUUCAGCCGAGCAGGGGAUAAAGCCAGAGAAGAACGAGGAGGAGGACGAUCAGUCAGAGAUGCAGAAGGAUAAGAGCGUCCAUGACGUCGUCUGGGACGAACAGGGGAUGACGUGGGAGGUCUAUGGGGCGUCUGUGGACCCGGAGUCGCUUGGUUUUGCCAUUCAGAGCCACCUGCAGUGCAAAAUCAGGGAGCAGGAGAGGAAGCUGAUUGCUCAGACUUCCUUCCGAAAAUCCAUCUCCGGCGUUGAUUCGCCGCAGCGUGGGAAAAAGAACAAAAGGAGGCAGCAGAACAUUUUCAGGUCAAUGCUGCAAAAUGUCAGGCGGCCCAACUGCUGCGUGCGUCCCCCUCCCUCCGCUGUCCUCGACUAGCCCUGCACCCCCCAUGGUGGCCGGUGUGAGACUCCUUUCUUUUUCUGGAGGUCACGGUGUUUGACCUCCAUUUGUCAGAACUGCGAUGCCAAGUGAAACAUUAACGGGUCGCCAAUCCUUAUAUGUGAGUAUACUGGAAUGUUGUAGCAUAAAGAGUCCGAAUAUUUGUGACGUUUGUGAACAAACAACGUAGGAUAUAGAAGAAUAAAAUAAACACCUAUUUUCUAGAAAUAGAAUGUAAGAAAAAGAAAGAAAACACUUUUUAAAAGCUAUAGUUAAAAGCAUGUAUCUUAGCUUCAAAUGCUUUAUGUCUUAAAGUUCACUCCAAUCAUAAAGUAUCAUCAGAAAACAUUUGUGCAAAUAUAUUGAGCUGAUAUCUCCUUUGUUGGAUUUGGUAAAUGUUUUCAAGGUGUGUGGGAGAUUUUGUGACAUGCAUUCAUGUAUUUUUCACCUCUGGUGGCAAAAAAGGAAAGCAAUGUAUACACACAUAAACGUUAUGUUUAAUCUCUGUUGUUCCUUGGAUUUCUAUUAAAAUAAUCUAAAACUAAGAUGACUAACAAAUUUUUCUUUCUGAUAUAAACUUUGGUCUCCUAUAGAACCAAUGCUGUUGUGAUUAAAAUGUCUAUUCUUAUGGGGAAAGGGUUUAUUAAACUAGGAAAAACUUGGCUUAACAAAAACCUUUAAACUCAA